AUGGUCGAGACGACCACCACCAUCACAAUCACACCCCACCACUACGACCAACACCACAAUAACAUCCCCACCACUACGACCUCACCACAACCACACCCCACCACUACGACCACCACCAAAAAACAUCCUCACCACUACGACCACCACCAAAACCACACCCCACCACUACGACAACCACAAUCACACCCCCACCACGACGAGCACCACCACAAUCACACCCCCAACACUACGACCAUCACCACAAUCACACACCCACCACUACGACCACCACCACCACAAUCACACCCCACCACUACGAUCAUCACUACAAUCACACUCAACCACUACGACCACCACCACCACAAUCACACCCCGCCACUACGACCACCUCUACCACAAUCACACCCCGCCACUACGACCAUCACCACAAUCACACCCCCAACACUACGACCAUCACCACAAUCACACCCCGCCACUACGACCAUCACCACAAUCACACCCCCAACACUACGACCAUCACCACAAUCACACACCCACCACUACGACCACCACCACCACAAUCACACCCCACCACUACGAUCAUCACUACAAUCACACUCAACCACUACGACCACCACCACCACAAUCACCCCCCCACCACUACGACCACCUCUACCACAAUCACACCCCACCACUACGACCAUCACCACAAUCACACCCCAACACUACGACCACCACCACCACAAUCACACCCACCACUACGACCAUCAGCACCACAAUCACACCCCACCACUACGACCAUCACUACAAUCACACCCAAUCACUACGACCACCACCACCACAAUCACAACCCCACCACUACGACCACCACUACCACAAUCACACCCCCACCACUACGACCACCACCACCUAAAUCACACACCCACCACCACGACCAUUACCACAAUCACACCCACCACUACGACCAUCACCACCACAAUCACACCCCCACCACUACGACCAUCACCAUCACAAUCACACCCCACCACUACGACCAUCACCACCACAAUCACACACCCAUCACUACGACCACCACCACCACAAUCACACCCCAUCACUACGACCACCACCACCACCACCACCACAAUCACACCCCCACCACUACGACCAUCAUCACCACAAUCACACACCCUCCACUACGACCACCACCACCACAAUCACCCCCACCACUACGACCAUCACCACAAUCACACCCCACCACUACGACCAUAA